GAAGUGGCACAUUAAUGAAGCGCCUCUACAGGGGUCUUUUCUGCUCAUGUCACCACAUAAAACUAUCAGAUGGUUAGAGGAAGGACAUGGAGGCAAGUACUUAGCUCAUCUCGGCUGCAGAGAAGCAAGCGAGCCCCUGCUCCGUUCCAGCUGCCACUGGGGGUGAAACAACCCAAUCCCUGAUUCCGCCUUCCGAGGAGAAGGGAGGGGAGCGAGAGGAUUCCCACAGACCAGCCAGCUCCCUGCUUCCUCAGGACUAAAACUAAGCGGAGCGGCCGGAAAGGGAGCGUGAGAACCGGGAGAGAUCGGAAAAGGAGACCAGACUCCCAGCUGCAUCCCGGAUGCGGACUGUCAACUUCCAGCAACUUUAAGAUCUCGGCGGGUCCCCCAGCGAAGAUGCCUCGCCCGGGCAGGAACACGUACAGCGACCAGAAGCCGCCCUACUCCUACAUCUCGCUGACGGCCAUGGCCAUCCAGAGCUCGCCGGAGAAGAUGCUGCCCCUGAGCGAGAUCUACAAGUUCAUCAUGGACCGGUUCCCCUACUACCGGGAGAACACGCAGCGCUGGCAGAACUCCCUGCGCCACAACCUCUCCUUCAACGACUGCUUCAUCAAGAUCCCGCGCCGGCCCGACCAGCCGGGCAAGGGCAGCUUCUGGGCGCUGCACCCGAGCUGCGGCGACAUGUUCGAGAACGGCAGCUUCCUGCGGCGCCGCAAGCGCUUCAAGGUGCUCAAGUCCGACCACCUGGCCCCCAGCAAGCCGGCGGACGCGGCCCAGUACCUGCAGCAGCAGGCCAAGCUGCGGCUCAGCGCCCUGGCGGCCGGCGGCACCCACCUGCCGCAGAUGUCCACCUACAGCCUGGGGGUCUCCCAGCCCUCCGGCUUCAAGCACCCCUUCGCCAUCGAGAACAUCAUCGCCCGCGAGUACAAGAUGCCGGGCGGGCUGGCCUUCUCCGCCAUGCAGCCCAUGCCGGCCGCCUACCCGCUCCCCAACCAGUUGACUACGGUGGGCAGCUCCAUUGGCACCGGCUGGCCCCACAUGUACAGCCCCGGCAUGAUAGACACGGCCACCCCCAUCUCCAUGGCCAGCGGCGAUUACAGUGCCUACGGCGUGCCCCUCAAGCCCCUGUGCCACGGGGGCCAGACUUUGCCAGCCAUCCCCGUGCCCAUCAAACCCACCCCGGCGGCGGUGCCGGCCCUGCCGGCCCUGCCGGCGCCCAUCCCCACCAUCCUCUCGAACUCGCCCCCCUCGCUCAGCCCGACCUCUUCCCAAACAGCCACCAGCCAAAGCAGCCCCGCGACGCCCAGCGAGACCCUGACCAGCCCCGCCUCGGCCCUGCACUCGGUAGCCGUGCACUGACACGGCCAGCCCGGCCUGGACGCUCCGCGGCUCGCGCCAAACUUUCCUCGGCCUUUUCUUGCUCCUCGAGAGGAGAGAAAACUGCCGGCGGGAACACUUGAG